AUGGCGGUUGACGAGGAGGAUGACGUUGCUACAGCUUCUCUCCUACUGAAUUGUGCCGGGGUGCAAAAGCAAGUCUUUCCGAAGACUUACAAUAUACGACUUAGCAGAGGCUUUGCUGCAUAUUUGGUCUUCUUGACGUUCUUCGUGUUUUCCUACACGAUCGUCUUGUAUUAUACACCAGAGAGAGGGCCUGAAAGCGGAGGCAUAUCUUUCGAGCAGCUACUGCUCUUUGACGUUGCAUAUAGCUGCAUCACCCUCUUCAUCAUCUUGCUGCAAGUCCCGAGACGAGUUGUGCGAGAGAAUGACAAGCUGCUAAUCAUGUUUUGCUGCAGGACUCGUUCUGUUCCUAUCGAGUCAUUGAUCGAGAUUCGUGUAGUUCGCCGCCAGCGGUGUUGUCAAAGGCGCCGAGGGUGGCUCUAUCCUGGAAAAUGUUUUUGGGGGUACCCAACCAACUUCGAGCGAAACAUCAUCGUCGUCUCUGACUCUCGUUGCAACAACUACUUCUUCUGCGUGCAUGAAAUGGAGGACUUUAUGCUGGACAACUGGCCGGCGCCCGAUCUUCCGGACGGAAGGGGUAGCAAGGACCCGGAACCCAAUGUUUUCGGCUCAGGCCUGUGA